GCGCGUCUAUGCCGAGAGGACAAAGAUGCCUGGAGCCGGGGGGCCCUGGGAUCCUCCUUCGGCCCGUCGUGUGCAGGCGCUGGGGGCGGUGGGCGGUGGUCCGUCGGGGGCCAGGGACCAUGGGGGAAGCGGGUCUCCCUUGGAGCCGAGCAGACAGGGAGUGUCGGUGGAGGUGGUCGUGUGACUACAUUUGCAGAAUUAACAAAAGCGGUGUGUGUGGCUGCUGCGGCGCUCUACGCCCCAGGUACAAAAGGCUGGUUGACAACAUCUUCCCUGAGGAUCCAGAGGAUGGCCUGGUGAAGACCAACAUGGAGAAGCUGACCUUCUAUGCUCUCUCAGCUCCAGAAAAGCUAGACCGUAUCGGUGCUUACCUCUCCGAGAGGCUCAUCCGUGAUGUGGGUCGUCAUCGAUAUGGGUAUGUGUGCAUCGCCAUGGAGGCCCUGGACCAGCUGCUCAUGGCCUGCCACUGCCAGAGCAUCAACCUCUUCGUAGAGAGUUUCCUCAAGAUGGUGGCCAAGCUGCUGGAGUCAGAGAAGCCCAACCUUCAGAUCCUCGGCACCAACUCGUUUGUGAAGUUUGCCAACAUCGAGGAGGACACCCCGUCCUAUCAUCGGAGUUAUGAUUUCUUUGUGUCCCGAUUCAGUGAAAUGUGCCACUCGAGCCACGAUGAUUUGGAAAUCAAGACUAAAAUUCGAAUGUCAGGCAUCAAAGGUCUGCAAGGGGUGGUGAGGAAGACAGUGAACGAUGAAUUGCAGGCCAAUAUCUGGGACCCACAGCACAUGGACAAGAUCGUCCCGUCGCUGCUUUUCAAUCUGCAGCAUGUAGAGGAAGCAGAGAGUCGGUCUCCCUCACCCCUUCAAGCACCAGAGAAGGAAAAGGAGAACCCAGCAGAGCUGGCUGAGAGGUGCCUUCGGGAGCUGCUGGGCCGGGCUGCCUUUGGCAACAUCAAAAACGCCAUCAAGCCGGUCCUCAUCCAUCUGGAUAACCAUUCUCUCUGGGAGCCCAAGGUGUUCGCCAUUCGUUGCUUUAAAAUCAUCAUGUACUCAAUUCAGCCGCAGCACUCCCACCUGGUUAUCCAGCAGCUCCUGGGCCACCUGGACGCCAACAGCCGCAGCGCCGCCACCGUGCGCGCUGGCAUCGUGGAGGUGCUGUCAGAAGCUUCAGUCAUCGCCGCCACCGGCUCUGUGGGGCCCACGGUGCUGGAGAUGUUCAACACGCUGCUGAGGCAGCUUCGGCUCAGCAUCGACUACGCUCUGACCGGGAGCUACGACGGGGCCAUCAGCCUGGGCACCAAGAUCAUCAAGGAGCACGAGGAGCGCAUGUUCCAGGAGGCGGUGAUCAAGACCAUCGGCUCCUUCGCCAGCACACUGCCCACUUACCAGCGCUCCGAGGUGAUCCUCUUCAUCAUGAGCAAGGUCCCGCUGCCUUCUCUGCACCACCCGGUUGACGCGGGGAGGACAGGGGAGAACAGGAACCGUCUGACCCAGAUUAUGCUGCUGAAAUCCCUCCUUCAGGUAUCCACAGGUUUCCAGUGCAACAACAUGAUGUCAGCCCUGCCCAGCAACUUCCUCGACCGCCUUCUCUCCACUGCCCUCAUGGAGGACGCAGAAAUCCGUCUCUUCGUUCUAGAGAUUCUCAUCAGUUUCAUUGAUCGUCAUGGCAACCGCCACAAGUUCUCUACCAUCAGCACCCUCAAUGAUAUCUCUGUCCUGAAGCUGAAAGUGGACAAGUGCUCCCGACAAGACACCGUCUUCAUGAAGAAGCACUCCCAGCAGCUCUACAGACACAUCUACCUUAGCUGCAAGGAGGACACGAACACGCAGAAGCACUACGAGGCCCUGUACGGCCUGCUGGCGCUCAUCAGCAUCGAGCUGGCCAACGAGGAGGUGGUGGUGGACCUCAUCCGCCUAGUGCUGGCUGUCCAGGACGUGGCCCAGGUCAAUGAGGAGAACUUGCCUGUGUACCACCGCUGUGCCCUGUAUGCCCUGGGCGCGGCCUACCUGAACCUCAUCAGCCAGCUCACCACCGUGCCUGCCUUCUGCCAGCACAUCCACGAGGUGAUAGAGACCAGGAAGAAAGAGGCUCCCUACAUGCUCCCAGAGGAUGUGUUUGUGGAGAGGCCCAGGCUGUCUCCGAAUCUUGACGGAGUGGUGAUUGAGUUCCUCUUCCGCCAGAGCAAGAUCAGCGAAGUCCUGGGGGGCAGCGGCUACAAUUCAGACAGGCUCUGCCUGCCCUACAUCCCUCAGCUGACAGAUGAGGAUCGCUUAUCCAAGAGGAGGAGCAUUGGAGAGACCAUCUCGCUGCAAGUGGAGGUGGAAUCGAGGAACAGCCCAGAGAAGGAGGAGCGAGUGCCUGCUGAAGAGAUCACCUAUGAGACGCUGAAGAAGGCCAUUGUGGACAGUGUAGCGGUCGAGGAACAGGAACGUGAGCGACGGCGACAGGUGGUAGAGAAGUUCCAGAAGGCCCCCUUUGAGGAGAUCGCAGCACACUGCGGGGCCCGGGCAUCACUGCUCCAGAGCAAACUCAAUCAAAUCUUUGAAAUCACCAUCCGGCCUCCUCCAAGUCCAUCAGGAACCAUCACUGCAGCCUACGGUCAGCCGCAGAACCAUUCCAUCCCCGUCUAUGAGAUGAAGUUUCCCGAUCUGUGCGUUUACUGAAUUCCAAGAGGGAGAGCUCCUCAGGGGGAUGGAGUCUGAGGAAGAGACUCACCCUCACGCCCACCUGACCACCUGGAAAUCUAGCUGAGAUCUCUGAGAAAAAGUCACUGAGGCAGUGGCUGCUCCCCAGCUGAGCAAAGGUGGAGACGCUCUGGUCCUUCUUGGCCCUCCAACCCCCUCAUUGCCCGUCCAGAGGGAGAUCCA